CUUCUCCCGCGGCUGACAGCGAGGUGGCGGACUACAGCUCCCGUCAGGCCAAGCGCCGCCAGCGGGGUCCUGCACACGCGCCGCUGAGCAGCAGGUUUGCCUUGCUGUAGCUGCGAGUAGGCCAUGCAGAAUCUGUUUCACAACGGGGUCAGGGCCCAUACUGUCCAGUGAAGAGGCUGUGCUGAUAGAUUUAAACAGAGUCUCAAGCUAUUGCUGUGACUGAUCUUCCCUUUUCUGGCCUGACAUUCAGGGAAAGAGGAAGAGAUGGCAGUUUCUUGGGGCUCAGUGACCUAUGAAGAUGUAGCUGUGAUAUUCACUCAAGAGGAGUGGGCACUAUUGAAUACUUCAGAGAAGAAACUCUACAGAGAUGUGAUGUGUGAAAACUUGAGGAACUUUCUUUCACUAGAAAAGAUACAAGGACAUUCCACCGAAGGCCAGCAUAUCAUGCAUGCGAGUAAACAAAGUAAUACAACAGUAAAAAUCUCUGAGGGCAAAGAUAGUCAUAAUGCUAGACUAUCUCAAGAAUGUGAAGUAUACAACAAAUUAUUCACUUAUCCUAUUCAUCUUCAAAAACAUGAAAGAAUUCACAGUGGAGAGAAUCCCUAUGAAUGUAAACUAUGUAGUAAAACAUUCAGUUGUUCCAGUCAUCUUUGGGCACAUGAAAGAACUCACAGUGGAGAGAAACCCUAUGAAUGUAAACAAUGUACUAAAACAUUCAGUCAAGCUGGUCAUCUUCGGGCACAUGAAAGAACUCACUGUGGGGAGAAACCCUAUGAAUGUAAACUAUGUAGUAAAACAUUCAGUUGUUCCAGUAGUCUUCUGGAACAUGAAAGAAUUCACAGUGGAGAGAAGCCCUAUGAAUGUAAACUAUGUAGUAAAACAUUUAGACGAUACACUCAUCUUCGGGUACAUGAAAGAAUUCACAGUGGAGAGAAACCCUAUGAAUGUAAACAGUGUAGUAAAACAUUCCGGCAAUCUGGAACUCUUCAGAAACAUGAAAGAAUUCACAGUGGAGAGAAACCCUAUGAAUGUAAACAGUGUAGUAAAACAUUCCGGCAAUCUGGUGGUCUUCAGCAACAUGAAAGAAUUCACAGUGGAGAGAAACCCUAUGAAUGCAAACAGUGUAGUAAAACAUUCAGUUCUUCCCGUAGUCUUCGGGCACAUGAAAGAACUCACAGUGGAGAGAAACCCUAUGAAUGUAAACAGUGUAGUAGAACAUUCAGUUGUUCCAGUCAUCUUCAGAAACAUGAAAGAAUUCACAGUGGAGAGAAGCCCUAUCAAUGUAAACAGUGUAGUAAAACAUUCCGGCAAUCUGCAGGUCUUCAGCAACAUGAAAGAAUUCACAGUGGAGAGAAACCCUAUGAAUGUAAACUAUGUAGUAAAACAUUCCGGCAAUCUGGAACUCUUCAUAAACAUGAAAGAAUUCACAGUGGAGAGAAACCCUAUGAAUGUAAACUGUGUAGUAAAACAUUAAGCUGUUCCAGUAGUCUUCGCGCACAUGAAAGAACUCACAGUGGAGUGAAACUCUAUGAAUGUAAACAGUGUAGUAAAACAUUCAGUUGUUCCAGUCAUCUUCGGUCACAUGAAAGACUUCAUAGUGGAGAGAAACCCUAUGAAUGUGAACUGUGUAGUAAAACAUUCAGGCAAUCCAAGGACCUUCAGCAACAUGAAAGAAUUCACAGUGGAGAGAAACCCUAUGAAUGCAAACAGUGUAGUAAAAGAUUCAGUUGUUCCAGUUAUCUUCGGUUACAUGAAAGAAUUCACAGUGGUGAGAAACCCUAUGAAUGUAAACAAUGUAACAGAACAUUCAGGAGAUCCUGUCAUCUUUGGGAACAUAAAAGAAUUCACAAUGGUGAGAAACCCUAUGAAUGUAAACAAUGUGGUAAAACAUUCACUUGUUCCAGUAAUCUUCGGAUACAUGUAAGAAUUCACAGUGGUGAGAAACCCUAUGAAUGUAAACUAUGCAGUAAAACAUUCACUAGUUCCAGUAGUCUUCGGAACCAUGAAAGAAUUCACAGUGGUGAGAAAGAAACCUCAUGAAUGUAACCAUGUAGUCUAAUAUUCAUUUAAGCCAGUUUUCUGAUAUUGAAAGGAUCUCACAGUGGAAAGAAACCCAGUGGAUAUAAACAGCAAAACAUUGAUUCAAGUCUGUCAUCUUUGUCAUCAUGAAAUAACUCACAGUGGAGAGAAAUUUGAUGAAUAUAAGCAGUGUUGAAAACAUUCUAUUCUGCUCUUUGUAAACAUGAAAGAAAUCACAGUGACACAAAACCCCCUGAAUGUAAUAGUUAGAUGUUCCACUAAAUUCAAAUACAUGAAAAUAUUCACAAUGGAAAUCAAUCUUGAGCAUAAACUGUACUAAGAUUAGAAAGAAAGAUGCAACCUAAGAUAUGAUGCAGAGGCUAGUGGUUCAAUGUAAUAGUUUUUGGUGUGAGCUUCUGCAGUCCAUGGGUAGUUAUGUUCUGUUUUAUUGUGUCUCUAUCUCUCCAUCUUGUGAUAAUAUAUAAGUAAAUAUCUUUAAAUGUAGGGAUGACAGUUCCAUGAUACAAGUGAACGCAUACCUCUGAUUAUUCUAUAAAUGUAAAGAGUAAGUAUUUUGAUUCUUUCUCUUAAAUUCUAAUAUAUGAAAAAUCCACUUGGUACUGAGAACUUACUGAUGUCAACAGUGCUUAGAUAUAUUGUAAUCAAUAAUGGUUUUUGCCCAUAUAAGAUCACUGGAAUUAGAAAAACAA